AUGAACACCCUCAUCGUCGGCCGAGUGAUCGCCGGGGUAGGCGGCUGCGGCAUAUACGCGGGAGGUCUCAACUACGUCGCCAUCCUCACGACAAACCACGAGCGCCCUCUGUACCUGGCGGGCAUAUACUCCAUGUGGGGCGUCGGUUUGGCCGUCAAUUUCGGAGGUACCGUGUUUGCGUGGGACAGCGGGUCCGAGAUUGCGCUGCUGGUCCUCACUGGGGUGUUCCUGGUUGCGUUUAUCGGCUGCACCGCCUACCACCCUGGCGUGCCGAAAGCCCGCAAGCUCUUGCCGGUCGGGUUCAUGACGACGGUCGAUUUGGUGAUUAUCCCGCUCCAGGGCGCCAUCGUGGCGGGUGCCAUGUUUACCGCUAUUUAUUACACGCCGCUACUCUUCCAGUUUACAAAGGCGGAUGGGCCGCUCGAGGGCGGGGUCCGUAUUCUUCCGCUGAUUUGCUCGCUCGUGGUGUUUGCGCUGCUGAACGCUUUCCUCAUGCCCAAGACGGGAUAUUAUAUGCCGUGGUACGUGGCUGGGAACGCCGCCAUGGUUGUCGGGUCUGCACUCAUGGUUACAUUGGAGUCGCAUACGUCUACGUCCAAGAUUUACGGGUAUACCAUUCUUAUCGGGAUUGGAAUUGGUUGUUUCCAGAGCGCGGGCGUUGCCGUUGUCUCCGCCAUUGUACCGGCCUCUGAAGUCAGCAAUGCUGUGAGCAUCAUGACUAUUGCUCAGGUUUCCGGCAUCCUAGCGGCGCUAUCCAUCACCGGGGCGGUCUUUCAGAACCUCGUUGUGGGCAAGGUUGGCUCCGUACUGCCUGGCUAUUCGCAGGAUGAUAUCGUUCACCUAACCACGGGCACCAGCAGCUCCUUAUUCCGGGGACUCGAUGCAGGACUCAAGGAAGCCGUGAUCGCUCAGGUGACGGAAUCGAUUCGACACGUGUUUAUCUACGUUCUUGCCGUGUCUUCCCUCGGGCUCGUUCUGUCCUUCUUCCUUAGUCGUAAACGCCUUUACCUUAAAAGCGGCGAGAUUGCCAAAUAG